AUGAAUUACGUGGAACAGCUCGACACGUUUGUGCAGCGGCUCCGAGACGCAGAAAAUGACUACAAGGAGUCGCAGUCUGUGCUUUCGGAAUUGCUCGAUAUGAUCGAGGCGUUCAACGGUGCUGCCGAGUACGAGUAUUUCUUGAAGAAUCUAGUGCCUGUUUUCCUUUCCAAGCUUGAAACGGUGCCCAUUUCCUUCAGCAGCAGCAGUCCCGAACACAAGUUGCGUAAUCUGGUGCUUGAGAUCAUCCACCGCUCAAUCAUGACCGAGACGUUCCAGCCCUACUCCGAGAGCAUCUUGGUGUGUCUCACCAAAGUGCUAGAAAAUGAAAACGAAGACAAUGGCGUGCUCUGUAUGAAGAUCAUCACCAGCUUGCACAAGGCCUACAAAACAACCUUGGCCGACAAAGUAGAGCCCUUUGUGCUGCUCAUAAAUCGUGUCUACGACAACAUGGAUGAGGCGGUGGAACGGGUUUUCUCGUCUCAGCCUUCGGUGGAAGAUGCAGAGGAAGAAGCAAAGGCGUCGUCGGCCCCUGGCUCCUUGGAGAAGGAUAAGUCGAAAACCUUGGCAAAAGCCAUGAUGUCCUUCAAAACUUUGGCCGAGUGUCCAAUCACCAUGGUCUCACUCUAUUCGUCCUACAAAUCUUUGGUGCAAACUUCGCUUCCGGUGUUUUUGCCCAAAAUAAUCCACAUUCUUCUUUUGCAAGUGCCCCAGCAAAAGCAGUUCCGUGAAGAACUUUUGAAGUCGGCCUCCUCUGUCACGGCUAUUCUGCCCCAAAUCACAAACAGACAAGCAUACUCUGAUUUCAUCUUGGGCCAAGUAAAGGCAGCUUCGUUUUUGGCCUAUGUUUUCAUCCGUGGAUACGCCUCACAGCAUUUGCCUGCAGCCCAGGCCAAUGUUGUGCCUGAUGUGAUUUUGCGUCUCCUUCAAGACUGCCCUGCAGAGCUUUCGGUGGCCAGAAAAGAACUACUCCAUGCUACACGCCACAUUUUGUCCACGCCGUUCCGUCUGCACUUUGUGCCAAAAAUCGAGUUUUUGUUUGACGAAAAGAUCCUCAUUGGCCAUGGUCUCACUUCGUUUGAAACUUUACGUCCCUUGGCAUACUCGACAGUGGCUGAUUUCAUCCAUAAUGUGCGGAACGAGUUGACUCCUAAGCAAAUCUGGUCAACCGUGCAAAUCUACUGCGAUCUUUUAAAAGAUGAUUCUCUUGCUUUGACUGUCCAGAUCAUGAGUGCAAAGCUUCUCUUGAAUUUGGUCGAGCGUAUCAUGAAAUUGCCCAACAAGCUUGAAGGAAGACAGUUGUUCAUGAUCAUUAUAGACUCGUACGCCAAGCGUUUCCAUAGCCUCAACAGAAAAUACCCAUACAUUUUGCGCCGGCACAUUGAGUUCGAGGAAAAACGCAAAUUCAAAGAAUCGGAUUCCAAGUUGGCAAUCGAACGUUAUCGCUCCAAAGCCGUUGAAAUUCCUAAUGGCACUUUAUGGGACGAUAAGAAAGAAGAUGACUCAAAAAUGGAUGUCGACUCUGAAAAGUCUCCACUGCCAGAAAAAGAUGACAUUGACAUUUUCGGCGUCGAAGAACUUUCUCCCAUCUCAGUUACUUCACCUUCAACAAACUCUGAUCUUUUGAAAGACGCACGUUACCUCUUCCGAACGCUUAUGACUUUCCUUAAAUCGGUAAUUUUCGGCUUGAAGAGUUGUAAUCCUCCUGUACCUCCACAGCCUGUUCAACAGGAUCCAAAUAAUCCAGGCCAGUUAGUAAACUAUGACAAGUGGAAUGAUUCAGCAAAACUCACUUCUCUCGAAGAAAUCAAUAUUCUCCGCAGCUUAUUCAGAGGUGGUAUCAGCUGCCUCAAAUUUUUCUCCGUCACCAAGCCUAAACAAACAGUGCAACCAAAAGCAUUUGAUUUCUCCACUGGUGGACCAAAUCUCCCAAUCACAUCUUCAAAGGAGGAGAAAGAUUUGAUGGAAAUCUUUGCCACAAUCUUCAUCCACAUUGACCCUGCAUCUUUCAAUGAAAUAGUCAGCGCAGAAUUACCUUUCCUUUUUGAUUCUAUGCUUGACAAUGCUGCAUUACUUCAUCUUCCACAGUUCUUCUUAGCGAGUGAAAUCACAUCGUCGAAUUUCUCGGGUAUAUUGAUUUCUUUCCUCAGAUCGCGACUCGACCAGCUAGACAAGGUUGACCUUAUCAAAUCGAACAUCUUAAUAAGAUUAUUCAAACUCUGCUUUAUGUCAGUCAACCUCUUUCCUGCCGCCAACGAAAGCGUGAUUCUCCCGCAUUUGAAGUUCUUAAUAUUAGAAUCUCUUCGUUUGGCCACCGAGGCUGAAAGAACCCGUUUUGUAUUCUUACUUGGUUAG